AUGCUGGAUGGAACAGAGCACUCCAAGCAAAGUCUAAGAUCUAUCAUAUCCGAGGGACAUGAAGGAUCUGGGCCACGGUCUAGACGACCACAACGACCUUUCUCGUCGAAAUGGCAGCUGCUAAUGGAAGUUGUUGCUCUUUUAGAUUUUAUGUCCACCUUUGCAAAUCGGCGCUUCUUUUCCCAGCAGAAAGAGGCUUUGGCGUCUGGUAAUCCAGAAGGCCGCUUUCGCUUUCUUACCCAGAGUUUUCUGCUUGGUCGCUUAUUUACCAAACAGAAAGGAACUCCUAUUGCUGCCAGUCCUCAUUUUCGAGUGUUUGGCACGAAUUUUGCACUUCCACAUCAUGUGUUUACCAAUCUCUUUCUCUGGCUCGAUGCACACUCGGUCCAUUUCGGAUUCCUAUUCUCAGUUCUAUGGUGCAUCGAGGCAUUCUUUGAGGCUGAUAGAUGGGCGGACCGACGACUGUCCGAAGUAGAAAGACGAAAAGUAAUGGCCAGAGUUCGAUCCAUGCUCAGACGAAAGUCCCUACGACCGCAAUUGAGUUCCUCAGAGGAAAGUCUGGAAAAUUUCAGGACCCUUCUCCUUUUCUAUGGAACGCUGAUUGUCCAAUUUCUGCUCCUUCCUUUGGGCUUCUACUUGCUAAUCUACAAAUACAUUGUGGUGAAAGCGACCUCUAUCUAUGCUGCUGCCGACGACAAUGACGGGCCAGGGGAAAUCGCAGCUUUGCUAGAGUCAACCUACGAAUCUGUGAAUUUGCCUGGGGAGUACAGGACGUUCUCCAAUGAAACAAAGUUGGCCUUGGGGUUCGCCAUUGCCAAACACUCUGGGAAGGCCGUAUACAAGGUCACAGAGAGCAAAAUGAAAGCAGUGAUGUGGAGACAAGGGCUGUUAGAGGGCAGAAGGCUUGGCUGGAAUGCCAUCAGACAUCCUCUGAGAUCGUUACGGAACACUUUUUGGUCGCUGCGGCACGGGCGAGAGUUCAUGAGGUGGGUUCGAUGGGUGAAAUCCCUGGCACCUCUCGUGCGAAGGUUUGCAAAGUUGCGGAGCAGCCUUCGAGCCCUAUUUGUGACCUACAGACAGCGCCAUCACCGAAAGAUUGCUCGGAUAAAACGAAAACGAACUUGGAGAAGAUUGAAUGAACAACAGCGCAGAUCAAAGGCCUGCAAGAUAAUCCAAAGCACUUAUCGAAGUUACAAGCAACGGCAGGCUUGCAUGCAGAUAGUGCUCUCGCGGCAGGUAGUCAACGAUCUGGCCGCAAGAAAGAUUCAGCUGGCCUUGCGUUUAAUGAUGGAGAAUGCCAAGGCCAAACAGGCGGAAAGCAAGUUCGAGCUGGAACGGCUAGAGUCGAGAGAAUCGCUUUCAUUGCGCAACGCAACAAUUCCAUCUAUGAUGCACCGGAGUGAAAGGGAACGAUUGAACGAGCUAAGGGAGCAGCAGGCAUCCGAGAAGCCAACAUCGAUCGACAAACGCCUUUUGAUGAGGCCAGACUCAAAGUUUCAGCUAUUCUGGAAGAUACUCUUUAUCAUCUGUGUGGUGAUCGAGCUAGUCUGUCUUGGCUUGAAUUUCCGACUGAAAAGAGGAGAUCAAACACUGAAAGCAAAGCUACAGGAGAUGCUCAUCCCGGUGCCAGUGACGCAGCUCAAGGAAUGCUCCUGCUUGGCCCAAUGCCGUCGCGACUUUGCCACAUGGGAGACACAAGUCGCCAACAAGCGAAAGUGUCGAGGAGAACCUUGGUAUUGCAACCCAAUGUACUACAACGCCCAGAUUGCCUACACGGGGUCCAUCCGAUUUGUUCUUGAGCAAGUUCUUUGGUUGUUGGCACUGGUGAACCUCUUGGAUGUACCGGUUUCCUUCUACACCGGAAUCUACUGCUCAGAUACGGGGAUUUUGGUCCCUAAACCCUUCCUUGGUCGUUGGGUUUUCUUGUUCAUACAACUCCUCACCAAUCCACGUAUGGGGAAAAUCAGCAACAGAGUGUUCAGACUCUUGCAGAGCAGCUUUGAGAUUGGGCCAAUACGAGUCCUUCGUUGGGGGAAAUGUCUGUUCUAUCCGUCGCUACUCUUCACCUUUGAUUGGACGGAAAGUCAUGUUUGGCUGCCCUUGGUUGCGUUUGCGAACGGCCCAGCUACGCGGCUGUCAAUGCCAUUAGGAGAGCGUGUGGAAAAGGCUUCCCAACGGCAACGACGUCGGUCAUCCGUUGAUCCAACUCUACCUCCUUCAAUUUUUGAUCCCGAGUUGUCCAAGAUUCUACCUGAGCCUACCACACGAAGACUCCGAAGGGGGUCAUCGCUAUCGUCUCGUAUGUCAAUUAGGGUGUCGGUCCAGCAAUCCACGGAACUGCUCAUUCGGAAAAGUCUUAAUGAUUCCAUGGUUUUCUCCUUUCUGGAUGAGGAAGAAUUCAAAAUGCAGAACAGGAUUAGCUAA